AUGGAGUUAACACAGCAGUUGGAAAGUGUCCAAGUACAACUAAGACAGAGAGACGGAAAACAGAGGGAGGUGACACAACAGCUGACAAAUGUUCAAGGAGAGCUAAGAGAGAGAAAUGAACAGCUAAGAGAGAGGACAUUGCAGUUGACAAAUGUUGAAAGACAACUACCGGAGAAAGAUGGACAAUUGAGAGAAAUGACACAACAGCUGUCAAACAUUCAAGGGCAACUUAGAAAGAGAGAAGGACAACUGAGGGAGUUGACACAACAGUUGACAAAUUUGCAAGGGCAACUUCAAGAAAAAGUUAGAGAAAAUACCUCCUUAGAGGAAGAACUGAGGGCAAAAGAACAAGAAGUGAAUGAACUGGAAAUAUCUCUUUCAACAGCUCAACAAGCGUUACGUGGACGUCCACGCCAACAGUCACCUGAUUGGGUCAUUUCACGUGAUCAAAUUCAGCUGACAGAGAAAUGCCUUGGUAGGGGAGGUUGGGGAAGUGUUGUCGAAGGCAAGUAUUGUGGCUGCACUGUUGCCGUGAAACAGAUUUACAAGGUGCUUCUGAACCUUUCCUCUCAUAACAGACAACUGUUUGAGCGAGAAAUGAGCAUCGCUUCAAGAUGCCGCCAUCCUUGUCUGCUGCAGUUCAUUGGAGCAACAAAUGAUGAAGGAAGUCCUCUCUUUGUCACAGAGCUCAUGGAAUCGAGUUUACGAAAAUUGCUGGAGCAGCGAUCUCUCUCUUCAACUGAAGUAGCUGUCAUCUCUUUGGAUGUGGCUCGAGCAUUAAAUUACCUGCACCAAAAGAAACCACGUCCUAUUAUCCACCGCGAUAUAAGCAGCGCCAAUGUGUUGCUAUGGAGACAAGCUGACCAAUGGCGAGGCAAAGUGUCGGAUUAUGGUGCUGCUAAUAUUAUGCAGCAUACCAUGUCAGUUUGUCCAGGUGUUGCAGUAUACAGUGCUCCUGAAGCCUUUACUAAAAAUCAAACCGUGAAUGUAUGUUGUGUCAAUCAUUAGUCUGUAUUUGUUAUUAUUUUUUUUUUAACUUUUGGCAACUCAUGUAGCAUAUGGUAUCCGUACGAGAUACCCAAGGAAAAUCGUCAUGAUUAUAUUUGUCAAUCGGAUGCUUGACUACCUCUGAGCUAUAUGAAAAUUGUGGCAGGCUAAGCCAUGUACUAAACAGUCUAGACCAGAAGAAUAAACAGAACAUUGGACUACUGAUUUCAGGGAAAGGUGAAAUAUUUUAGUGGUCGAGAUUGGUCGUCGAGUGACGGGUAGAAUAAAGAGAAAUGUUGUAUAAAAGAUCCUUUAGUGGCUUUAUAAAAAUCUGAUUCCUUGGAAGGAACAAAACCUAUGUCUUAUUUAAAUUACCGCUUUUGAAAGUGUCAUAUGUGUACAAAGAAGUCAAAUAAUGCAUAAGUUGAUGAGUAUUGAAGUGGAGCUAUAGUGUUGUUACCCAGAAUUUACAUAUUUUAAAUAAUCAUCGUUCAUUUCGUUAUCUUCAGGUCGAUGUGUACAGUUUUGGAGCUCUCCUCUGUGAGAUGAGCAUUGGGGAACUGCCAGAUCCUGACAGGCGUGAAGAGCAAGUAGCCAUGAUAACAGACCGCAUCUUUCGAGCUCUCAUACGGAGAUGUUUCCAUCAAGAUCCUCAAGAGAGACCUACUAUGGAAGGCAUCAUUGGUGAACUAGAAAAACUAGUUUAAGAUAGGCUUGAUAGGAUCUGUUCUAUAUUCUUUUAAAGUUAAACGUGUUUUUACCGUAAAUUAAAAAGGGAGUGAACAAUUCAAGAGAUAAAAGGGUAGCCCCAACCCCUCCCCGUCUGCGGGAGUCAUGACAAUUACCCUCGCCGACAAGUCAAAAGGGACUUGCGUGGGUAACGACAACCGAGAUUUAUCCUACGUUGUCCGUCUCA